CGGUUCAAGGGCCAUGCGCUACAACCGUGAUAACCAAUCAUUGUUAACAGCGGAGUGGCUAACCAAUUGAUCGCCCUGCGAACAGGAAGUACUCGUCGAGAGAAACGUCCAUUCACCUAGGACGACUUAGUUAUAUUCUACUAAAUCGUUUUAUAUUGAUUUUCUUAGCCAUGAUUGAGCCAAAGAAGAGACCGGCGGACAUGGCUGUGGUUCCUGCCGGUGGAGUCAAGAGGCCCAGGGCCGAGCUGAUCGCUGCGGCACAGUCGCAACAACUCGUGGCCAUGGGCCCUCCCCGCAGCUCCAGCCUGCAGGCUCCUAUCAUGUUGAUGUGUGGCCACGAGGGAGAGGUCUACUGCUGCAAGUUCCAUCCUAACGGGGCCACACUGGCCUCGUCUGGCUAUGACAGGCUCAUCUUGAUGUGGAAUGUGUACGGGGACUGUGAUAACUUUGCCACCCUGAAGGGACACAGUGGUGCUGUGAUGGAGCUUCACUACAACACAGACGGCAGCCUGCUGUUCAGCGCCAGCACAGACAAGACCGUGGGAGUGUGGGACAGUGAGACGGGCGAGAGGAUCAAGCGCCUGAAAGGUCACACCUCCUUCGUUAACUCCUGCUACCCUGCUCGCCGCGGGCCUCAGCUCGUCUGUACCGGCAGCGACGACGGAACCGUCAAGCUGUGGGACAUCCGUAAGAAGGGGGCGGUCCAUACGUUCCAGAACACCUACCAGGUGUUAGCCGUCACAUUCAACGACACCAGCGACCAGAUCCUGUCUGGAGGCAUCGACAACGACAUCAAGGUGUGGGACCUGAGGCAGAAUAAGAUGAUCUAUGGUAUGCAUGGUCAUGGUGAUUCUCUGACUGGCCUCUGUCUAAGCUCAGAGGGAUCCUACCUCCUCUCCAACUCCAUGGACAACACAGUACGUAUUUGGGACGUCCGUCCGUUCGCUCCCAAGGAGAGGUGUGUGAAAAUAUUCCAGGGGAACAUUCACAACUUUGAGAAGAACCUUCUGAGGUGUUCCUGGUCUGCUGACGGCAGCAGGAUUGCAGCAGGCUCAGCUGACAGGUUUGUUUAUGUGUGGGACACCACGUCUCGUAGGAUCCUGUACAAGCUGCCAGGCCACGCUGGGUCAGUCAACGAGGUCGCCUUCCAUCCCGAGGAGCCUAUUGUCCUCUCUGGCGCCAGUGACAAGAGACUCUACAUGGGAGAGAUUCAGUAGGACUGUCGUGUGUGUGUGUGUGUGAAUGUUCUGCCCCGGAGCCUUGUGUGUAUGGAUCCAGCCCCCAACUGUGUGUAUGGAUCCGGCCCCCAACUGCGUGUAUGGAUCCAGACUCCAACUGUGUGUAUGGAUCCAGCCCCCAACUGUGUGUAUGGAUCCAGACUCCAACUGUGUGUAUGGAUCCCGCCCCCAACUGUGUGUAUGGAUUCGGCCCCAAACUGUGUGUGUGGAUCCAGCCGCCAACUGUGUGUGUGGAUCCAGCCGCCAACUGUGUGUAUGGAUCCAGCCCCCGACUGUGUGUAUGGAUCCAGCCCCCAACUGUGUGUAUGGAUCCAGCCCCCAACUGUGUGUAUGGAUCCUGCCCCCAACUGUGUGUAUGGAUCCUGCCCCCAACUGUGUGUAUGGAUCCAGCCUCCAACUGUGUGUAUGGAUCCAGCCCCCAACUGUGUGUAUGGAUCCAGCCCCCAACUGUGUGUAUGGAUCCUGCCCCCAACUGUGUGUAUGGAUCCAGCCCCCAACUGUGUGUAUGGAUCCAGCCUCCAACUGUGUGUAUGGAUCCAGCCCCCAACUGUGUGUAUGGAUCCAGCCCCCAACUGUGUGUAUGGAUCCAGACUCCAACUGUGUGUAUGGAUCCAGCUCCCAACUGUGUGUAUGGAUCCAGCUCCCAACUGUGUGUAUGGAUCCAGCUCCCAACUGUGUGUAUGGAUCCAGCUCCCAACUGUGUGUAUGGAUCCAGCUCCCAACUGUGUGUAUGGAUCCAGCCCCCAACUGUGUGUAUGGAUCCAGCCCCCAACUGUGUGUAUGGAUCCCGCCCCCAACUGUGUGUAUGGAUCCCGCCCCCAACUGUGUGUAUGGAUCCCGCCCCCAACUGUGUGUAUGGAUCCCGCCCCCAACUGUGUGUAUGGAUCCGGCCCCCAACUGUGUGUAUGGAUCCGGCCCCCAACUGUGUGUAUGGAUCCCGCCCCCAACUGUGUGUAUGGAUCCCGCCCCCAACUGUGUGUAUGGAUCCGGCCCCCAACUGUGUGUAUGGAUCCGGCCCCCAACUGUGUGUAUGGAUCCGGCCCCCAACUGUGUGUAUGGAUCCGGCCCCCAACUGUGUGUAUGGAUCCGGCCCCCAACUGUGUGUAUGGAUCCGGCCCCCAACUGUGUGUAUGGAUCCGGCCCCCAACUGUGUGUAUGGAUCCGGCCCCCAACUGUGUGUAUGGAUCCGGCCCCCAACUGUGUGUAUGGAUCCGGCCCCCAACUGUGUGUAUGGAUCCGGCCCCCAACUGUGUGAAUGGAUCCGGCCCCCAACUGUGUGUAUGGAUCCGGCCCCCAACUGUGUGUAUGGAUCCGGCCCCCAACUGUGUGUAUGGAUCCCGCCCCCAACUGUGUGUAUGGAUCCCGCCCCCAACUGUGUGUAUGGAUCCCGCCCCCAACUGUGUGUAUGGAUCCGGCCCCCAACUGUGUGUAUGGAUCCGGCCCCCAACUGUGUGUAUGGAUCCCGCCCCCAACUGUGUGUAUGGAUCCGCCCCCAACUGUGUGUGUGGAUCCAGCCCCCAACUGUGUGUAUGGAUCCAGCCCCCAACUGUGUGUGUGGAUCCAGCCCCCAACUGUGUGUGUGGAUCCAGCCCCCAACUGUGUGUGUGGAUCCAGCCCCCAACUGUGUGUGUGGAUCCAGCCCCCAACUGUGUGUAUGGAUCCAGCCCCCAACUGUGUGUAUGGAUCCAGCCCCCAACUGUGUGUAUGGAUCCAGCCCCCAACUGUGUGUAUGGAUCCAGACUCCAACUGUGUGUAUGGAUCCCGCCCCCAACUGUGUGUAUGGAUCCAGCCCCCAACUGUGUGUGUGGAUCCAGACCCCAACUGUGUGAAUGAAAGGUACUUUUAUAUACUGUUUUAUUGAGUAACAUCCUCAGAGUCAUUUACUUUAGAAUGUCCAGUCACAACAACCAACUCCUGUGUUUUUUUAUUUCUCCUAAUAAACUACGUCUGGGGAAAAAUA